UUGUUUUUUUUCUCUCUGUGUAUGAUCGUGGACAUUAUACAGUGUGACAGUGUAGCUAGCAUGUCCUGAAUUUUGCCCAUGGGUUUUGACCCCCUAUGGUUGGCUGUUCCUAACGCAUCUGUUAUUAAUAUGCAACGGACUAAUAGCACAGGCAACAAAUGCUCUCAACCAUUCUUCCAACACUCAGGCAGUAAACGCGCACUUGCCCGACCCUCUGGCACCGAGCAGCGAGAUGUUCGUGAUGAAUUGGCAGCUACUCGUGCUACUGGGCCAGCUCAUGGGCCAGGCCAGCCAGGACGUGGUACCGCUGCUUGCCUACAUCACGUGGCACGUGAUUGGCGCCCUGGCGCCCAUGACGUCACAUCAACUCGUUCGGGCACAGUUCGGCGGCAGCCGCAUGGCGUCCACCAUCUACAUGCUAGGCCGCUGCUACGCGGACGCCGACGCGGCGCUGCCGUACGCCUUCGCGCACGUAUUCGCUCGCCGAUGGCUGCCGCGUGACGCAGUGAGCGACGUGGCCGCCAUGGAAGAGGGCAUCCGCCGCGAGGCCAACGCCACCAUGAACUCGCUAUCCUGGAUGGACGAGACGACGAAAGCCGUCGCGUUCGAGAAGCUCUCCACCCUCCGCGCCAUCGUGGGCCGGCCGAAGAACCUCGCGUCCGACCAGGCCCUACAACUGAUGUACCCGUACCUGAAUGCGAUGGGCAGCGCAAGCUCGUACCUGACUCUGAUGAACUCUGUCAGGACGGCACAGUUACGGUACGCAAAGCGCUUUCUGAGCGCCAACGGCUCGACAGAGGGCGAUGUCAGUGUGCCGCUGACCGUGGUCAACGCCUUCUACCUGCCCGUUUACCACGUCAUGGUGAUCCCGGCGGCAAUCCUGCACCCGCCUUUUUACGUGGCCGGCUACUCGAAGUCCUACAACCUCGGUAGCCUGGGCCACGUGCUCGGUCAUGAAAUGACGCACGCCUUCGAUCCCGACACGGGACUGUACGACCGCAGCGGCCAGCGCAGGGACUGGUGGACGGCCGGGUCGCGGGUGCAGUUUCAGAAGCGGCUGGACUGCCUGCGACAGAUGUACAACACUAUGUCGUGGGCCGAAGGAAUCGCGCACGGAGACUACGCGCUCACCGAGAACUUCGCUGACUCGGGUGGUCUGCUCAAGGCCUACCGAGCGUACCGCGCGUACCGCGCGGUGAGAGGCGGCUCGCGACCAGCGGCUCCUGCGAGUCUGGCGGGCUUCACGGACGAGCAGCUGUUCUUUCUGAGCAGCUGCUUCAAGUGGUGCUCCACGGAGGACAAGCAGGGCGCCGGAUCGUACUCCCCGCCGAGGCUGCGCUGUAAUGUCCCGCUUAUGAACAUGCGCGAGUUUGCUGAGGCGUUCGACUGCGCCUCGGGAACGACUAUGAGUCCGUCGACUCGUUGCGACUUUAUGUGAAGAGCUCCUGUAGUGCAUGGCUGUGUCAGCUGUAAAAAGAAAAA